AUGUUAGACUGCAGUGGAGAGGGACCGUCUUCAAACAUGACGCCUGAUAACAUAUACUCCAAGGAUGAUGAAGAAAACGUGUUCAAGUCACCACGUCAGCCCUCAAAAAGACUACGCGUGUGCAUGGAAAUGGUGGAAACAGAGAAGAACUAUGUGGAUCUGUUGAAGCUUGUUGUCAAGUUCAAACAGGCACUGGGAACGGAGAUUUCGCAGAAUGGGUUCAUGAGAAGAACAGACGUUGCGAUGAUCUUUGGAAGGUUUGAACCGAUUCUUGAGCUCCACGAGAAAAUUUACGAGAGGCUGACUACGGUUUUAAAUGAGGCAAACAAUAUUCUCUCUGCUGCAAAUGGGAGUAAACACGAUGAUAUAAACCUCGACUUUUCUCAAGUUUGGAUUGAUGCGAAAGAAGAAAUGAAAAGAGCAUAUCCACAAUAUCUGAACUAUUUCGAUACCAUCAGAGGAUUGUUUGAUAAACACGAAAAGGAAAACUCGAAGUUUCACACUUUUUGUAAAGCGAAAGAAAGCAGUCCCGAGUUCCAUAGGUUGAAACUGGCUGAUUUAAUGAUCAAGCUAGUUCAACGUCUGCCGAGUGUUGUUCUUCUCCUCAAUGAGAUCGCAAAGAAAUCCGAUUCGAAGCUGAAGAGUACAGCUGAGCUGGCAUCGAAGGCCAUUGAUGAGGUUCUCAAGACCGCAAACAAAAUUCUUGAAAAGAACGACAACCUUAUCUGCCACUUCAGCAAGUUCACAGACAUUGAGAGUAUUCCGCCGAUCCUGGUUGCCGCCAACAGAAUGUUCAUUCGUGAGCUUGUUGUUUCGCCAAUUGCCAGCACAUCGUCACGACUGAGUCAAUUUCCUAAAAUGAAGCUCUUUUUGUUUCAUGAUGUGCUAGUUAUCACCAAAGUUCGAAGUGAGAAGAAUGCAAUGCAGAGGUUUGCUACACAUACAUCUUUUGCCAGUCUUCAAGCAAAAAAAGAAGACCGUAUAAAUAUAUUGAUCAUAUACAACUGA